AUGAAGCUGCUCCCACAAGGGAACUUUAACCCUUUCUCAGGGCUAGCACAAGCUGUGCAAGACGAAUUGACCUCGAGAUUCUUGAAGAAAUGGAGAUUCAGAAGCCCGCAAUACAGAGGCAAUGCACCAGCAUUGCAACAGGGAGAGUGGUUGCCAAUUCAAACCUCCCGUGACGACAGAGGGCAAGAACAACCUUUGGGAGAUGGAGGCUUGGGUGUUGUACACCUCUGGUGUUGCGUCGAUGCCAACAAUCGCGUUAUCGACCGUGUCAUUGUCAAGAACGUAUUUCCUGGAACUGAGGCUUGGGCGCUUCCAAGCCUGUGGCGAGAUGGACGUAUAGGAGGCGAGCCGCGAGAAGCCAUGAUCAGUAACGAGGUGUACGACCAACUCGAAGCCGCCAAUCCUGGAGAUGGACGAUUUGUUACCAGAUGUCUAGGUUAUGGAAACAUACAUGAUCCUUUCAGAUACGAUGACGACGGCAUGAUUUUAUCUUAUCUCGAUCCGUUGUUAGGAGACGCAGACAUUUUAGGAGGUCCACCGAGAGUACGCAAUCCACUGUCAGGAAAGCCCGUCACCUACCGUAUACCUAGCUACAAACUGUAUUUCGAAUACUGUGCGCAUGGCGACUUGCAUACUCAAAUCCAGGCCCAAACUAGAGAAGAAAAUCGUAACCGGGUGACAAAGGCAAGAAAACCUGGAGGCAACAAACGGCGCAAGUUACAAGUCAUUCAGAACGUACCUUUCCACGAAGGUUUCAUUUGGAGAAUGUUUGAAGCAUUGGCAAAGUGUGCGGUAGCAAUGGAGAGGGCGAAUGUUUUGCACGGAGACUUGUGUCCUACGAAUAGUAAGUCUUCUCGCGUCUUCACAAGUAUCAAGUCUCGUACUAACCAAUCCGCCAAGUUUUCUUGGGCGCGAGCGAUCCUAACAGAUUCAAAAUCUGGCCUGUCCCCAAGGUAA